AGAAGAAGUGACUUAUGGGAUGCGAAGUAGCCGGGCGGCUGAAAGAGACACGAAGGGGGGGAAGAGUGGGUGACAUUCAGAGGAAACAGCUGAAGGAAGAGCGGGAAAUAAGAGGAGAGGAACAAAUUCGCUGCUUAUACGAUUCAUUCGAGGCUCAAUGUCCAGGUUUGCGCACACAGCCGGUGGAUUCUGAGCGGAAGCAAAAGUUCAGAUCCCACGGACCAGCGCGUGGGAGAAGGGAGCAGGAUCGAGCUCCACUGUCAUGGCAGGACCUGGAGGUGACAUGCAGUGGUGCUUCUCGCAGGUGAAGGGAGCCAUUGACGAUGACGUAGCUGAAGCGGACAUUAUAUCAACGGUCGAGUUUAACCACACAGGAGAGCUGCUCGCCACUGGAGACAAGGGUGGGCGUGUCGUCAUCUUCCAGCAGGAAAUAGAAAACAAGAGUCUGCCCCAGUUCAGAAGCGAAUACAACGUUUACAGCACCUUCCAGAGCCACGAACCCGAGUUUGACUACUUAAAGAGUUUAGAAAUAGAGGAGAAAAUCAACAAGAUCCGCUGGCUUCCUCAAAAGAACGCUGCUCAGUUCCUCUUGUCCACGAAUGAUAAAACAAUUAAAUUGUGGAAAAUAAGCGAACGGGACAAGCGACCAGAUGGCUACAAUCUCAAAGAGGAGGAUGGCCGAUACAGAGAUCCUAACACUAUCACAGCACUGCGGGUACCCGUUUUAAUACCUAUGGACCUGAUGGUGGAAGCCAGUCCUCGGAGGGUCUUCGCCAACGCUCACACCUACCACAUCAACUCCGUCUCGGUCAACAGCGACAACGAGACCUACCUGUCUGCGGACGAUCUCCGCAUCAACCUCUGGAACCUGGAGAUCACCGACCGUAGCUUCAACAUUGUGGACAUUAAACCAGCCAACAUGGAGGAGCUGACUGAGGUGAUCACAGCAGCAGAGUUUCAUCCUCACCAGUGCAACACCUUUGUCUACAGCAGCAGCAAAGGAACCAUUCGUCUGUGUGACAUGAGAAUUUCAGCGCUUUGUGACAAGCACUCAAAGUUGUUUGAAGAGCCUGAAAACCCCAGCAACCGCUCCUUCUUCUCAGAGAUCAUAUCCUCCAUAUCGGAUGUCAAGUUUAGCCACAACGGACGUUACAUGAUGACUAGAGACUACUUAUCCGUAAAGAUAUGGGACUUGAACAUGGAAAACAGGCCAGUGGAGACGUACCAGGUUCAUGAGUACCUGAGGAGCAAGCUGUGCUCGCUCUACGAGAAUGACUGCAUCUUUGACAAGUUUGAGUGCUGCUGGAAUGGAGAUGACAGUGUGGUGAUGACUGGUUCCUAUAACAACUUCUUCCGGAUGUUCGACCGUGGCCAUCGACGGGACACGACGCUGGAGGCGUCCCGGGAAAACGGCAAGCCCCUGCAGGUCCUCAGGCCUCGUAAGGUGUGCACCGGCGGCAAGCGCAAGAAGGACGAAAUCAGCGUGGACAGUUUGGACUUCAACAAGAAAAUCUUACACACUGCCUGGCAUCCACAGGACAACAUCAUCGCCGUGGCAACUACGAACAACCUCUACAUAUUCCAGGACAAAGUGAACUAACAGGAUGGGACCGACAUGAGAGCUUGGUUUUAAUAACCUGCGGGUUGAUUUAAGAGGAUACGUGGUAUUGCUGACUAUUCACUUUGCUCUAGAUCUGGACGGGUGACUGUCUCCCAUCAUCCGCCUGUCUGCUGCAGAAACGUCUGCCUUGUUGUUAGUCAUGUGCCAAUGUUUUUUUUCCUUUCGUCCUGUCUCUGCCUGCUGACCAACCCUCUACUUUUCAGAAGGGGGUAACUCUGUAACUUUAAAACUUUGCCUACAAACUUAUUUUUAUAAACUGUCCCCUUGACUGGUUCUCUGCUAGAAUAAAUGAUUUAGUAAGUUACACUAUCUGCGCUGUGGUGUUCAGAUUUCUAAAAGAAUACAUAUUUUUUUGUUAUUUUCAGUUUUCUCCUUUUAUUACCAUCAAUAAUGGACCUCUAGGCACUCAGUUUCUUUAUACAGCCAAACGGUUGCUCACAGCAUUUUAAAUUUUGUGCAACCUCAGAUGUCACCCAUGUCUGUUUUUUAGGGUCAGAACCAUCUCAAAACUCGAAAAGACAUUUCUUAUUUACCCUUUAAUAUGAACCCCUCUGUGCGAUUGUUCUUUGUUUUUGUGCAGCGACAGUCAGGAAAUGGAGGCUAUAAAAAGAUAUUAUCAUUCAUAUUAUGAUUGUAAUAUUUAUAUUAAAAAAAGUUUAAAAUGUGUCCAGGUUUGUUCCGUCCCACUCUGUAAAACGAUGCUGGACCUACAGCUUAUUUUGAGCGAUCUUAGGUUUCAUGUCGCUGGUGUUUAACAUCAAGGAUUUGACACUGGACCCUUUGAGCACAGAACAAGUACUUUGGACAUCUGUGAUGUAUAAAUGCAAUUUAAAAAGAUGUACAUUAUUUGAGGCACUGAAUAACUUAUUUUAACCACUGCAAACAAUACCUGCAACAAGGACAUUUAGGACAGGAAUGCCUCUAGUAAUGAGUUAUUAAAUUUUACCCUGAUGGUGACGGGCAAAGGAAAAAUAAAGGAAUUAUUUUGCAUCGUUUUGGUUGAGUGACUGUUGUUCUGCAUUCAUUUCACUGUGUGGUGCUUGAUUUGUUUUUGUUUGUACAGUUUAUUAAAAAAUGUAUU